AUGGAGGACCUUCCAGAUCCUCUUCCUGACCUCGACCCGGAUGGACUUCCAGAGCUAAGAUCGUUAUCACACGCUUGGCCGUUACUCUCGAUCCCGAAGCUAGAGGAAAGACCUCAGAAUCCUAUCAUAGCAUCUUUGAGUCGUGUUUCGAGUCAUAAGUCACGCUCAAAUGUGGACCCCUUUAUCCAAACACAUGACAUACAUGUAGACCUGGCAGACGAGGUAGAAGACGACGGAGAUCUAAUGAAUAUCUGGCUUCAAGCGAAGGAGAUACGCUACGAUUAUAAAAGCCAUCUAGUUUCAUGGGACACACUUCGUAAUACAUACCUAGGCCCCAAAUCACCGUCGUCAUUCAUAUCCGAGCAACCUUCAGAUAUCGUGAUGGUUGCACGGAGGACCUCAGGACUUCUGUCUUCCGCCUCAAAUACAGGUGCAAUUUCUGUUAGCGCGACUGAACUCCAUGACCUUCUUUCGUCGAUGCUUGUCGGUUGUGCAUCGGUGUACCACAAAUGGAAUGCAGAUGAGGAGCAAUUCGUGUUGAUUAACUAUGGAACCGAAAAGCGUCAUUUAUUUCUCGACGGAAUGGACGAGAUUGUCAGCAACAGUUACGUCUCGCGAUGCGUCGAGUUCGGCACGUUAUUUCGUAGACUGCAGACACUGACAGCAGGGUUGCAAAACAAUGACAACACUAACAACUCGACCGUUUCUGCGUUUGCGCACUCUCUGUCUUCGGUACUAGUCUGGAUAAGGCACAAAGUUACGGAAGCACUGUCAGUAACAGAAGAGUCGAUCUGUAACAUAUGGGUCGCUCUGCAAGAGGUGGAAGAAAUCGUAUUGGCUCUUGCUUCAUUGUCUUCUAGAGGCUUAAGUCUUGGCCCUAAAUCUUAUCAAUCCCUGCCUCAAAUACCUCAACGACUUCUCUCACAUAUCUACAAUUUUCUCACUCUUCAGAUCGAACGCCAAGUGCCUCGUGUUGUUCGGGGCAUACUUUCUUACGUUCUAACCAUUACCUCUCGUCCGUAUUUCACAGCUCUUGCACAUUCAGUGGGUCUGGUCGGUCUUGCGGACUUGCUUGCCGAUGCGCGCAGAAGGCUGACGAAAUCGCAUGGAGAUAUAAUGCUGGAUGACCAAGGCAGUGAUGGUUCGUAUCCGGAUUCCGAGGUGGAGUCUGAAUUUAAUACGAAUAACGAAUUCCCGAGCUUCAUAUUGGACGGCAUCCGUGAUGCUGCCAUCCGCGCACGAAGGUCGAUCCGUAUACUGUCAUCUCCGGAAUUUGAGGACGUACAGGUGCUUGAUCUACCGGUGUUUAACGGCUUGGAAUGGGUCUGGACGGACGAGGAGGUGUCAAACCGCGCUCUUAAGCAGAAAUCAGACGCUUCAGGAUCGGAUCCGUCCAGUUCACAGGAAGUCACACACCGGCGUAUCUUGGAGGCGUCAGUGCAGCAGUACAAACCUGAGUUAGCUGCGCUAGCAACUUUUGAUCUUGAGCCUGGUUGCCAUAUAUCUGCUCCUGGAAAAGAUGUCACCAGUUUCGUCUUCACCUACCCCACACUGCUCCCUUCACUAGCACCAACACUCCCUUUACUCGCGGAGCACGUCCUUGCUCCCAUCUCUAUUCAGGCAAAUGCUCUGGGCCGUGCAGCAUUGCAACGUUUUCUUACGCCAGGGACGUCACUCCACUUUCGUGCGCAUCUUGUUCUUCUUCGCGCUUAUCUCCUCCUUACCGCACCAGCGUUCAAGGCGCGGCUCACGGCAGCGCUUUUCUCGGACGCUGAUUCGGAUGAGGACUUGGACGCAGACGUACAGGAGAACCCGAUGUCUAUUGCUAUUCGAAGACGGACACGAAGCAGAAGUUGUCGGACUACAGAGUCACGAGGUGGAGAACAACAACAAAGCGUUUACGAUCAGCCGUGGCCAGUUGGAAUCGCUCUUGGACUGACAAGACGAGGCCAAUGGCCUCCUGAUGGUUCUGAGCUUGCAUUGUUUCUACGUCGCGUGAUCAUGGACUCUCUAGAUCAUGUGCGAGAAGCGGAGCUCGUCUUCGAAGGUAACAACCAUAAAGAUGACUUGGGUGAUGACGAGUUCUGGGAUGACGCAGAAAAUCGACUUGGAUUUGCGAUUAGAGAUCUGCCAGACGGGACAGGUCGAGAAAAAUGGCUGGAUCCAACAACGAUCGAGGCACUAGAUUUUCUUUAUAUGCAAUACAGACCACCUAUCCCCCUGCGCUGUUUAAUAACAACAGACAUUUUGUCGAAAUAUCAACGCAUCUUUGCUUUCUUGCUUCGUCUUGUUCGAGUUGAGACUGCUAUGCGUCUCGCAUUCCGCUUGACUCGACGUUAUUCAUUUGAGCAUGUCUUCGUCAAUUACCCCAACGCCCAAUCCCUCAUCCAACCCUUCCGUUUCGCUGCACAGGCCUUCCUGUCGGCCUUUUCCGCUUACGUGGCAGACACAGCAAUCCGUGGCAACGUCGAUGCGUUCAUUGCACGUGUGCGUUAUGCCGAAACUGUAGCUACAUCGAAUCCUGAGAAUCAAACUGGGCCCUUUGUGGAUGUUUAUGCACUCAUGCAAAGGCAUUCUCGAACGCUUGACGCUGUUCUCGCUGCAUGCUUGCUCCGUAGUGCACAGCGCGCAGUUGGCGAUAUCAUGCGCGCUCUUCUUGAGGUCAUACUGGAGUUCGCGGUCCUCGUCGGCAAUGCAUAUCGCUUUGCUGGUGGAAACGUCAAAGAAGGAGUAUUUGACGAAGAACGUGCAGCCAUGCGUGUGGAAGCUUUGUAUGGCAAGUUUUGUAAGACUCGAGAUGCAUUGGUAAAGGCGCUUCGCAAGAUCAAGGAACGAGGGGCGAAGCCUUUCGCGUCGGAAGGUCCCGGUCGUCCUUACGACGGCCUUCCUUCUGCGUCUGGUGGAAUGGAGGCGUUGUCUGAUCUGUUACUUCGAUUAGCAGAGAUCAACGACGGAAAGAAAUAACUUCGGCUUUGUCUCGGACGGCAGAACUGUACGGCUUAGGAUUACUUGGGAGAAUGGGCUCAUUGCAAAUUCAAUUCGCUCAGACGCAUUCACAUACGGUGACUUGAACGUGAUUCUGUAUGAUAUGAAGUGUCACCACGCGAACAGGCAAGCCUUUCCCUUGUGCUGCUUCUCGUGUGUCGGUUGGCAAGCAAGUGAAACUCGAAACAGACGGGCUGAAUCCAGACGUGGCACCUAUGCGACACUUCAGCAUCUGCAAUCUAGUUAAACUCUACUCCUGGUGAAUCAGAACGAAACUAGAACUAGCAACCAGUUAUCUUAAGGAAGACCAUUCAUCCACAUGUGUAUAAAGUUUUCGAUACAUGCAGCUUCUCACGCAUCCAUCUUCGAUCCUUCGCG